UUGAAACUUAAAAGACAACUUAGUGCUUUUCUGCAUGUUUCUUUUUUUUUCUUCCUUACUUCAAAUAUGGGCAAGAAAGAAAAUAAUCGUUUAGAGACGUGGGGAAAUGAGACAACGAUGAAUAUGAAUGCAAUCAUCUAUCAAAAUAUUCUCUCUUCUCCUUAUUUUCGCUCUCUUUAUGAAAAGAAGACCUUUCAUGAAAUUGUAGAUGAGAUUUACAAUGAAGUUACAGUACUAACUCCUUUUAUUAAAGGAAAUCAACCUUCGACAGCGUUUUGUUUAUUAUUUAAAUUAUGGACGAUUCGCUUAACAAUUCGACAGAUUGAAAACUUGGUUGAACACGGUGACUCUCCAUAUAUUCGAGCCAUUGGAUUUCUCUAUUUGCGUUAUGUUUGUGCACCAGCUAAACUUUGGGACUGGUUUCAGUAUUACUUGGAAGACGAUGAAGAGAUAGCUAUUAGCAGUGGUUUACAUCCUACCAAAGUGACAGUAGGAAACCUUAUUCGGAUGUUGAUCACUGAACUCAAGUUUCAAGGUACUAUGCUUCCUCGCAUUCCAAUUCCAAUUGCUCGCGAUUUAGAGAAGAAGUUGAAAGAAUAUGACGAAGCAAAGAAAAAGGAAAAGGGACCAGAUCAAAAAGACAAUUAUGAGAGUGAUAAAAGUGAUCACAGUGAUAGAAGGUACAAAAGUCGAUCCAGAAGUCAUGACAGAAGACAUAGGGAUAGAUCGCCUUAUGACAGAAGAUACAGAGAUAGAUCAUCAAGUUAUGAUAGAAGACAUAAGAGUCGAUCAAAGAGCCCGAGAAGGUCAAGAAGAGAUGAAUUUGAUGAGUAUGAACGCUAUCGAGAAAGAUCAAGAGACAGAAGGUAUGAUGACAGGACAAGAAGACGUAGAUACUCAAGGUCAAGAGAAAGAUAUUAAGAAAUUCGUGUGUCAAUAAAACAAUCUGCAACACUUGAAUGUACGACAGUUUCUUGUAUUUUAUGCAGCUGUCUCGUCCCCGCCAUCUCGUGAGCAGUUAUGCGGGGUCCUUAUGCCUUUAAUUAUCUAAUAAAUUUCAGUAAUGUUCAAUCUCAUUGACUAUACUCUAUCCCUUCUGUCACGUAAAGGGCCAU